AUGUCUAAUAGAGUAGCAUCAGGAACUAAUCCAGCAGCAUUAGCAGCUGCUCAAGCAUCACAUAAUCCAAUAAUAUCUAAAAAUACAAUGAUGGGUCAACAUCAUCAUCAAGUAAAUGGUUCAACAAAUUUAGUAAGUUCAUCAUCUAAUUCAACAGCAACAAAUAAUAAUAAUUCAAAUUCUUCAGUUGUUGGUUUACAUUAUAAAAUUGGUAAAAAAAUUGGAGAAGGUUCAUUUGGUGUAAUAUUUGAAGGUACAAAUAUAAUAAAUGGUGUACCUGUAGCAAUAAAAUUUGAACCAAGAAAAACUGAAGCUCCUCAAUUAAGAGAUGAAUAUAGAACUUAUAAACAUUUACAAGGUUGUCCUGGUAUACCAAAUGCUUAUUAUUUUGGUCAAGAAGGUUUACAUAAUAUUUUAGUUAUAGAUUUAUUAGGUCCAUCAUUAGAAGAUUUAUUUGAUUGGUGUGGACGUAGAUUUAGUGUUAAAACAGUUGUACAAGUUGCUGUUGAAAUGUUAAGUCUUGUUGAAGAAGUACAUCGUCAUGAUUUAAUUUAUAGAGAUAUAAAACCUGAUAAUUUUUUAAUAGGACGUCAAGGUUUAAGUGAUGAAAAUAAUGUUCAUUUAAUUGAUUUUGGAAUGGCAAAACAAUAUAGAGAUCCAAGAACAAAACAACAUAUUCCAUAUAGAGAAAAAAAAUCUUUAAGUGGUACAGCAAGAUAUAUGUCAAUAAAUACUCAUUUAGGUAGAGAACAAUCAAGAAGAGAUGAUUUAGAAGCUUUAGGUCAUGUAUUUUUUUAUUUUUUAAGAGGUCAAUUACCUUGGCAAGGUUUAAAAGCUCCAACAAAUAAACAAAAAUAUGAAAAAAUUGGUGAUAAAAAAAGAACUACACCUGCUGUAACAUUAUGUGAUGGUUUACCAAAUCAAUUUGCUGAAUAUUUAGAUUCUGUAAGAUCAUUACCAUUUGAUGCUGAACCACCUUAUGAAGAAUAUAGAAUGUUAUUAAUAUCUGUAUUAGAUGAUUUAGGUCAAUCGUGUGAUGGAGAUUAUGAUUGGAUGCAUUUAAAUGGAGGUAAAGGUUGGGAUUCAUCAAUAAAUAAAAAACCAAAUUUACAUGGAUAUGGACAUCCAACUCCUCCAAAUGAUCGUGAAAGAAGACAUAGAGAUCAAAGAAGAAGUAGACAAAAUCAACAAACUCAUCAACAACAACAACAAACUCAACAAACACAAUCUCAACAACCACAAUCAUCACAUCAACAACAAAAUCAACAAUUGGCACAAAAUCAAUAUCAACAACAACUGCAAUCACAACAACAAUUAUCAGCAGCUCAAUUACAUCAACAAAAAUUACAACAUUUAGUAAACAGACCAUUACCACCAAUUAAACAAGAAGGUUCAAAUUCACAAUUACCAAAUCAACAAGGAGGAGAGUUAUUACAAAAUGGAGAUCAAAAUGGAGGAAAUAAAUAUGAAGGUUAUAAUAUGAAUCAAUAUCCUCAACAACAACAACAACAUCAACAACAAGAUCAAUUAGAUGGUGAUGAAGAAAAAGGAUUCUUUUCAAAAUUAUGUUGUCAUUAG